UUAGUGAGUGAGUGAGUGAGUGAGUGAGUGAUGGAUGGAUCAAAUGGUGGUAAUAAUUCGGCGGCGCCAUUUCUGGUGAAGACAUAUGAAAUGGUGGAUGAUCCUAAGACAAGUUCAGUUGUUUCUUGGAGUCCGACAGGACUUAGUUUUGUUGUCUGGAAUCCACCUGAUUUUGCCAGAGAUUUGUUGCCUAAUUACUUCAAGCACAAUAACUUCUCCAGCUUCAUUAGGCAACUCAAUACUUAUGGUUUCAGAAAGAUUGAUCCCGAUCAAUGGGAGUUUGCAAACGAGGAGUUCAUCCGAGGACAACGGCAUCUAUUAAAGAAUAUAUACAGGCGUAAGCCAAUCCACAGCCAUUCGGGCCAAGCAAAUGCAUCCUCAUUCACAAAUUCCGAAAGAGAGGAUUACGAAAAAGAGAUCGAAAAAAUGAACCAAGAAAAAAAUUCUCUCCAGUCACAAAUCGAACGGCACAAACAGGAAAAUCGAGGCUACGAAUAUCAGCUCAGGUCGCUCGAGCAGACUCUGCAAAGCAUAGAUCAAAGGCAACAACAAUUAAUGGCUACAUUAGCUCAAUUAUUGCAAACACCUCGAUUGGAACACUCUCAUAACAAAAAGAGAAGACUAUUAGCUUUGCAUUUCUUGCACGGCGAAUGCAAACACGUCGGGGAGCCGAAAAGCACGACAUUCACCGUAAAUAAUACGAGCGAUUCUCUUCCACUAUUAGAUUUGGAGCAAGUCGAGAAAUUAGAUUCGUCGCUGUCGUUUUGGGAGACGUUUCUUGACGGGAUCGAUCAAACCCUGUCUGAAGACGAAUUUAUGGUGGCGUCUUCUGGAGAUUCCGAUUUGAGGGCCCCCCCGCCGCCGCCUUUCUCACCCGUUGUUCGCCACAUGUCGGCGUCGCAUUCGCGGGACUGUAAUUCGUCGUCUUCGAAUUAUGAUGUCGACAGUCCGGCGAUAUCUUCCAUUUGCAUUGAUAUGGACUCGAGGCAAAAACCAACGUUGGGCAUCGAUGUGAAUUUGAGCCCGACUAAAACUCCCGAUGCUGAAAUGCCGAACGAACGGGAAAUAAGUGGGGGGGCCGCCCCUAGUUUGCCAGCUGGCGCUAACGAUGUGUUUUGGCAGCAGUUUCUGACAGAGGCUCCUGGUUCUUCUCCUUCGAUGGCGAAGGAGGUUCAAUCGGAGAGAAGAGACUGAGAUAACAUUAGAAACCAAGCCUCGUGAGAUAAUAUAUAGUUAGAUAUGAUGGUAUAUAUAUAUAUAUAUAUAU